AAUUGGGUUCAGACCUGCAAGGAACAUCACCAUCAAACCCUCUGCGGCACCGCUCAUACCCCGCUGAGAGAGGACGCUGAAAGAGAGUUCCGGCUCAUUGACCUCGAGAAAAUGUGUGUAGUGCUCGCUCCUUCGACUGAGCAGUACGCAGCGCUGAGCUACGUCUGGGGAGAAAGCGGCGCCAAGCUCGCACUUGUAAAGUCAAAUCAGAGUGUGUUCGAAACGGAAGGAUCUUUCCUUGGACAUGAUUUGCCAGAAACGAUUUUGGAUGCAAUGUCAGUGUGUAAGGAGCUAGGUAUCAACUACCUGUGGGUAGAUGCCCUGUGUAUUGUACAGGACACCAACGAGACGAAGCUGGCCCAGAUUACUUCUAUGGACAAGAUCUACUCUAAUGCUUCGCUGACAAUCAUUGCAUUGGCAGCAACGUCUGGCGCCUCGGGCCUCUUUGGUACUGCGAACCGCCGCCGACAGGAAUGGGUCUUCUCUCGCCGGGCAUACUUGCCUCAAAUGCAUGAAACACAGUCGUCGCUGCCAAAUGAGCUCCUGGCUACUAAAUGGAAUACAAGGGGCUGGACGUACCAGGAACGCAUCUUGUCUCGCCGAUGCCUGUACUUUGGACAGGACUCGGUCUAUUUCCAGUGUCGCCAGGCCGUUUGCGAUGAA